AUGAAUCCAUCACAAGCAUCGCCUUCAUCUGGCACCCGAAAAUCGCAAUCUCCCGUUCCAAAGCCAUCUUCAAACAAGCCGAAGCCCGCACGGAGCAAUCCAUCCCUCACAGACGCCCUCCUAUUCCAGUUCAAUUUCAACCAUGGCUUCCGGACAACAUAUGUCACAGGUGACAUCGACAUUGACAUUAUCCCAGGACCGCCAGAUGCGGCAGCCGCUACAAAGGGUCGCAUCGGAUACAGACCCGGGACAAGGGCUCAAGUGCCCGAGGCUGAAGGCAGAUCUAUGGAGCCUAUCUUCAACGGCAGUGUCUUCAUACAAGCCUCGAAAAUCACUACAUCAGGAACAUUCGAACUCUAUAUUAGGUACACCAUGGAUGAGUUCUCGCAACCAGAGAUUCUAGGCCGCGCGUUCGAGCCAGCCUCGUCAAUGCGAUUCGAAAGUGGACCCGGGUACUACCAGUGGCAUUUCAAAGACAAUUACGACCUAUCAGCAGCGGGAAACCGUCUAGUAUACGAAGUCACCCCGAAAUACAAAACCGUGAGUCCCCCUAAGCCUCUCCACCCUGCUCACCCUCCACCACUGACUAAAAAUAUCUAUCAGAUUACGAUCAAAGCGAAAGAAAAGGUUGAGCUUGAGGCUGAGCUGGGUGCGAAGAUCCCUUCCUGGGCGAAGAUCGUGGACGUGAGUCUAGGCGGCAAGGUCAAGGCGACAGGCGAGGCCGAGUCGUCGCAGGAAUUUUCUAUCACUUACCCUACAGGCGAUAUCACGGUCGAGGCUCCUAAGAGAGUGACGCAUCCAACGUGA